GCUUGGUUCCUUACUGAUAAACUCGGUUCAUUUGCUCUCAGAAAUAUUGUUCCUAACACCCUGAGUGAAAGAGCUCUGAGUAGCUUUGUUUCUCUCUCUCUGCAGUAAAAAGAGACUAAAAUACAUUUAUGAUUGAUAACAGAGAUCAGUUGAAAGUAAAAUGCUGUCUUGGUCAGAGACCAAAAUAGGCAGCCAAGCACAACAGCAGAGCAAGGGGUGAAAACUCGACACUUCCCUUCAAAAGGGCUUAAUCAGAUGGUGGAAGGGUAUUAUGAUAUUGAGCAUAACAGCCUUAAGAAAUAGGGUCAUGCAAGCUGAAGCAACUGGUGUCUGGGGGUGGCGGGUGGUGUUGCCAUGCCAAUGGACCCCAGUCACCACCCCUCCCUCCCCUAAACUCCAUUCUCUGAUAUCAUUUCUCCUUUGCUCAUCACAUUUUUGAUAGUAAUAGUAUUCCCUCUCCUCCUUUUUACACACACUACAGUUCCUAUCAAAGGCUGCUCACGAACCGCAACUAAACGCACAACGAAAUGUCACAGCUCACAUCAAAAGCAGAUGCAAUAAGACUGAUUUAUCCUAUUCCUCAAAACCGUUACGGUGAUAUCAUCACUCACCUGCGGAGUAACUUUUUCUUGGAAGAACCUCUAAACAAAGCUGUAGAAUUAAGUUCCCCAAACGUAGACUUAGAAGCAACAAUCCUGGACACUUUGCAUGAAAAUCUGUCUAUAAUGGCUCUAAAAUCUGAUACAGAACAGGUAGUUGGUGCUGUGUUAAAUGGAAUAAUAGUUCCUGGAGAUAUUCUAAAGGCUCAAGAAAAACUAGAAAAAUCAAACGACGAGAAGUUUAAGAAAAUAUUCUCGUUUCUUUACAAAACAAAUGAAAAAAUAGACUUGUUCACUCGAUAUAAUGUUGAUAAAAUAUUUGAAGGGCGAAUAUUAUCGGUUGACGCCUCUCUUAGAGGUUACGGUAUUGGGAAAAGGUUACUGGUCCAAAGCGAAGAAAUAGUGCGGAGAGAAAACUGCAAGAUUUGGAAGAUGGACGUGACAGGGAUUUACUCUCAAAGAAUCGCCGAAAGCAACGGUUUCGAGACAGUUUUGGAAUUGCAGUAUGAAACGGAAGUGAUAGAAAAUGGACAACCGCUGUUCAACAUACCUCCGCCUCACAAGAGUUUCAAAAUAGUCGUCAAGUAUUUAAAUUAAUCAACUCUUCAAUCACCCCUGCAGGAUGGAAACUCCCUGGAUGACCAACAUCCAUCUACAGCAAUAACUGUACCCUUUACUUAACAAUAACAGAAUCUUGAUAAUCAUUUUGAAUACGUCACAAGGCCUUAAAAGGAAUAUGUGUCAUUGAUGACUAAGUCGAAGAAGUCUCAUUGCGACCUUGAAAAUCUCUCCCCCAGUCUUAUUUUUAAUGAAGAAAGCUAACUAAGAUUUAUUUUUUAUCUUUCCUUCGCUCCUUCAAUAAUAUUCAUAGAAAGUCUCAAGAUCUUUUUGUGAGUCCUUUCUUAAAGAGGGCAAGCAUAAUCAGAGAUUUUUAAACGAUGUAUUGGAGAAAUGCAUUUUUCGACUUCAGUCAUCGUCAUAUUAACAGUCUAACUGCAUACCAUAAAAAGAUAAUUUUGAGAUGCCUUUCAUACCUUAUCUUUACAAACUGCUUCUGGCUCGUGUGUGUUUUGUCUCUUGCGAUAAAUUUUAUUUGAUGCUGUGAAUAUAUCUUUAUGUAGAUAUUAACUUAAAUUAAUAAAAAGACAAAAAGACCUUAAAUGACAAAAAUAUCAUUUUCUUAUGACCAGGAGAAACCGAUGAUAAUUGCCGAAUGCCAGAAUUCAUUCAAUUUUACAGAAUUGAAGGUGAAGUUUCAUGUUCAAAACAUUCAUGACUAUUCAAGUAACUAUCUAUUGAUAAUUUGCUUUUGUCAUAAAUCAAUCUUAUUGGUGUAUUUUCCGAAGAAAAUACACUAUUUUAUCAUUUCAUUUUUUAAUUUCAAAAACAACUUACACAGUUUCUGCUUCCUAUUUAAGCUAGUCCGAAAAUGAAACUUCUUUCCUGGCUUAUCAAAGUAGAGGUGUGAACACCGUACAGUAUUUGGAUCUCAUUUUGCAAUUAGGAGCUGCAAUUUCAGACUCAUCCAUUAAAGCACCUACCAGGAUAGGGAAACUAAUGGCACAAAUGCCGUUUCUGAAUUAUUUUAUGUUUGUAGUUCCUGAUUGAAAAAUAAAGUCCAUUUGAUUUUCAUCUUCACCUAUUGUCAAACAACUGAACUGCAUUUGGCAAUUUGAAACUACAAUAUCAGGCUCAGUGUAAAAAUGAUGCAUUGGUAUCUCUACGAACAUGAGUGUUUUUACCGAUGGGCUAGAAAUUGUAGCUCCUAAUUGCAAAAUGUAGUCCAAUUCAUCAAAGAGGAAUUUUUUAGGGGGCUUUUCUUUUCUCUGCUUGAAAAGGACAUAUCCUUGCCUUUAUGCGCAGGACACCAUUUUUAGAGGUCUUCCUGUUGAAACUGCACAAUAAUGUGAAUAAUCAUUCUAUCAGGAAUUUAUUUGAACGAUGGUACGUUGAGAAGUGCAUCUCUUAUUGCCGUUUGUUAAGAGAAUUUUACCUAUUUAUUUAGGUUCAAGUGAACUUGCUUUGAAAAAUAGUUUUAUUGAUUAUUUAUUAUUCCCUCAGUUCUUACUCAGUGAAACUGAAAAAAAAGUAAACCAAGUGUGAAAAAAUGAGGAAUUCAUACUAGAAAUGACGCUUUGUUACAGUUUUUUCAUGGCUCACCUUUUUAUUUGCAGCUGAUGCUUUAGAUUUCCAAUAAAUUUGUUGUGAAUUAAUUAAAUUUAUGAUUGUAAAUUAGAUAUAUAAGAUUGACUUUGGUUGUGAAUUUUAAGAAUAAUCUGUUUUGAUGCAAAAUGGAGAUGAAUUUGAUGAGUCGACCAUGGGUUUUAGUUACCUUCAAACAGGAGGAGCAUCUUUCUCAAUUUUAUGACUAUAGGAGUAAAAUGAGGUUAAAAAUUUUAAAAAAGGCUAACUGCUAGUUUUAUACCAUAGAGGCUGACUGUGGGUCAUAGGAUGCCUUAUCUUCUCUUGGAUGGUUCUAUGGUCAACUCACAUUUGAUAAAAAUAUUUUCUGAAUUACUGCUUCUUCCGAGUAAUCUGCGUGUUUGAGAACUUAAAAUAAAUGAGAGGAACAGAAAAAGAAGAAGGCAACAAAAUCUAAUCACAGAUUGUCAACAUUGUUCGGUUACGCUGGUUUUGGUGACUUAAGCUUAUAGAAUAGCAAAAAAUAAUAAGAUCCAUCCAAAUGCCUAGUUCUUAAGUUCAGUAUCAAUGGAGUUAUUGCCCUCUGAAAAACAGUGAAUGAUAGCAUCCUCUAAACGUGGUGCAAACCAUGAUCUUGUCCAUUUUUAAUUCAUCAGUUAGUGAUACACACAUUUUCCUUGGAUGCUCCGCUUACAACAUAGACAAAACCAAGAUUUAAAAACCCAUGGUAUGCACCACUACAGUGGAUGACAUCAUAUGCUGUAUUUUUUGAAGGACAAUGUCUCUGUCAAUAUUGGACAUUGAGACUCGAUGGUAAGACAAAUCUUAUUAUUUUUUGCUGUAUGAUUUAUAAAUUGAAAUUAUAAAAACUCGACUCUGUGACUAGCGCAACAGACCCGUUGUGGAAGUUCCGGUAUUUCUCAAAGAUAAUGUAAGGCAAACCUUGAAAUGAUUUUUAACUGUAAAUUUUCAUUCUCGCUUGAAUUGUUUGCUGGAGGAAUAAGUUAUUUUUUAAGGCUUAGUUCUUUAAUGUGAAAUUAAAUGAAAAGCUCAAGUGACUCACCACUUCUUUUUCUGUUCUCUUCUGAUGAUUGAGCCAUUUCAGGAAGUGAGUUUACUUAAUUGAAUCUAUUCUUGCAGAUAACUUCAGCUUCAAACAAAAGUCAUUUUUUUCCAAAAAGAGAGUUACUGUGCUUGAGUUCACUUUCUAAUCAUUGGAAAGUACUGUGAGAAGAUAAAAAUAAACGAGAUCAUUUUAGGUAAAAGGGCCGAGUAAAUAUUAAGUUUUGAUAAGGUUUGAGAAUGGAGAUGGGCAAUGUUAGAUUCAUUUAAGAUGCUGUCACUGAACUGACAACUUGUUAUUCUUUUUUACUUAAAUUGUUACGGAGUUUGAAAAACUUCCAAAUAAUAAUGUUAAUAAAAAUAUGCCCGCAGUGGAUUAUGUUGUUGAAGUCUAUUGUUGCUGAAAUAAAUGUAUAUUUUCCAAA